GGCUACUGCUCGGAGCCCGGAUGCGCCGCCAUGCCGACUCUAUCAGCGAGUGGAAUAAUUUAUUCACCAACCUGCCUGACACUGGGCGACUAGGAGUUUGACUGAAGAAGUCGACGAGACAGUUUGGAGGACAGAGGAGCCUUUACGGCGGACAGGGUGGCGCGGAAUAUCCGCGCUGUGCUUCCCUGCGUGUUUAGCGUGGCUUGCCACCGUUGCAUUGAUGUAGGGACACUUGUGUGCUAGCUACGCUAACAUUAGCUCGAGUCGAGGGAGUGCGGAGUAGUGACAGUCCGGCCGGAGGCGGGGAGAACUGCGAGGUGAGACUGUUAUUUUGGUGGUGACUACACUGUGGACUGUACGCGAAUAGGUGGCCAUCUGGAAGAUAGUAUCACUUACCAUAAAUGUGGCUCACGAUUUUAAGGGGUUCGGGUAGCAGCGUAUCGAGGUGGGUACUUCACUGUUUGUCUAGUAUCGCUUUUUGGCCGGAGUGGAGCUGAACGUUUACUCGACGUUUCAGUCUCCUGGCCCGCGAUAGAGAAGCUAAGAGCUAGCUUGCUAACAGGAUAACUGUCCAAACACAGAGACUCCCAAACUUUUCAGAUCUAGAAAAAUUUCCAUGUCUGCAUCAGCUCCGGAAACCAAAAGAGAUGUCUGUUGAUGAGGAUACUGUAAAAACUGGCAGUCCACAGGCCAGCUCAACUUCAUCUCUGCAGCUCUCAGAUUGUACUGGAGGUUACAGCAGUAUAUCUGUAAUGGUUGAGGGUACCGCAGCCACCCCUGACUUUGCAGCUGCGUGUCCUGUCCCGGGCACUGCAGCCUCACCUAAACACACCAGCACAACUGACACACUUACCCACACAGACAAUGCCGGACAGAGAGCCAGAGGGAACGAGAAUAACAUCAAUCGCAGGAACAGCUUUCAUCAUUCCAAACAGCAGCAACAAACAAAACUAACGAAACGGCGCAACACAGCAAAUUCUAGUUUCAAGCAUCCGACAUCUGGCAAGAGGAGACGACGGGCCAACUCUGAGAGUGACUCCGUCCUGCCUACCAACUUCCUUCUGGGUGGGAACAUUUUUGACCCACUGAAUCUGAACAGCCUGCUGGAUGAGGAGGUCAACAAGGCACUGAAUGCAGAGACGCCCAAAUCCUCCCCACUACCGGCGAAGAGUCGAGACCCUGUGGAGAUCCUUAUCCCCAGAGAUAUCACAGAUCCGCUGAACCUGAAUAGCGGGAUAGCAGACAGUAGCUUUUUGGUGUCCCCCUACAAGAGUGGUGGCAGAAAGAGACACCGCAACAGACACCAUGGAGGAGGAGGAGGAGGUGGAAGUGGCAGUGUUGGUGGGAUUUCAACCACACAGAUCAACCUCUCAGAAUCAGGAAAAAGUGAGGUCAAAACUACCACCUCCACACCGCUUCCAGGUAUGUUAGCUUCAUGUUCUGCACUAGAUGUCUCCAAAGAGUCCAACAGUUUCUCCAGCGUCACAGGGGAUUCCCAUGAACCCUCAGCUGACAACUCUGCCAGCUGCAAAGAAGAGAUGUCAUCUGUAUCUAUGGAGGAUUCCACUUCCUCUGUGUCAGGAGGACCAAACCAUCACACUAGCAGACGCAAGCGUAGGCGCAACUCCGGCAAAAUGGAGCCCCCUGUGACCCACUCUACCCCCAUUGGAAAGUCAGGAUCUGGAGACAGAAGUUCUGGUACAGGAGGACAGAGAAAUUCUCAGUCUUUCCACACACCAAGAAGUGGUCCUAAAACAGGCCCAGGAGGCCGCCAGCACCAGCAGCCCCACCACCAGGCAAAGGAGCAACAGAAGAAAAAGUUCCAGUAUGGGAACUACAACAAGUAUUAUGGCUACCGUAACCCAGGUGCUAGUGAGGAUCCGCGUAUACGCGUGCUUCGUCCAGAAUGGUUUGAAGGUAAAGACGUACUGGAUUUGGGAUGCAACUCAGGCCACCUAACACUUUACAUUGCCAAAAUGUUAAGACCUGCCCGCAUAUUGGGCCUGGAUAUUGACAGUGGUCUGGUACACGCAGCCCGAAAGAACAUCAGACAUUAUCUGUCUGAGCUGCAGACCCAAGAGGCCAGGCGUGCAAUGCAGGAGAAAAAGAGCACUAAACAAGAGGAGAGGAAUGGAAAUGAGAGUCACACAGGCACAGAAAGGAAGCACAAUGAAGCCGAGAGCAGGGAUGAAAAUGGGAAACCAGUGAAAGGAGAAAGUGGCCCUGCAGAGACUGUAAAUGACAAUGACUCCUGUCACACAGAUGAGGCAGGGACCCAGAGGCAGGACAGCAAAACAGAGGAAAUGGAGCAGGAAGAUUGUGAUUCACCCCCCACUGAUCACUCGGUGAGCUGCUCUUUUCCUAUGUCCCUACGGAUUUCCAGGGGGCCCAUUGCUGCACCUCCGCUAACAGAAACAUCCACUACACAGCCUGGGGAGUUCCCCUCGAAUGUGUCCUUCAUCAAGGCAAAUUAUGUACUGGAGGAUGAUAAUCUGCUUCUGACUCAGCGGCCAGAGUACGACGUGAUCCUGUGCCUGAGCCUCACCAAAUGGGUUCACCUGAACUGGGGAGAUAGUGGCCUCAAGCGGCUCUUCAAGAGAGUCUACAGACAUCUCCGUCCUGGAGGCUUGUUCAUCCUGGAGCCACAGCCGUGGGAGUCCUAUGUGAGGAGGAAGAAGCUGACUGAUAAUAUCAGCAGGAAUUAUCACAGCAUUCGCCUCAAGCCUGAGCAGUUUUCAUCAUACCUUACAACUGAGGUGGGCUUCACCAGUUUCGAGUUCCUUGGGGCUCCCAAAUGUUCAAUAAGAGGUUUUCAGAGGCCAAUCUACUUAUUUCACAAAUGACCGCUCCUGCCUUGAAGAUCAUUGAAUGUGAGUAGCCUAAACCACCACCAUACAUACAAGCCAGCCAGCUGCCCUGACUGCGAGGAGUCAUCGUGAAUCCAGCUUUUCAGACGCUGAAGAUGAAAUUCAGAAAGGAGAAAUGGGGACCAAAAGUGGAAUUUGUUUUGUAAAGGCGAGAUCUGUCGAGAAGAGGCACCUAUCAGAAUUUUCUGUGACUACAAAUUCUUAACAAAAAGAAAAAAGGCAUGGGGUGAACUCAGAUUGGAGUCUACAAUGUGUAACGUGGAGCCAGGCAUCAUAGCUGGGCCAGACUGUGGAAGAUGUGAUCAUCCGAUCAGUUCUUUGGACUGUCCCUGUGCUAAUGAUGCCCCAGUUUUGAAGCACGGCCAUAACACGUGUUUGAAUACCUUUGGCCAUAUAACUUUACUCUCAUGAUCUUGUUCUGUGCCACCACAUCAACAUACAUACGUAUUAGGGUUGGGGGAUAAGGCAGACUUUUCCAGUUGGCUACCAUUACCACCUGAAAUGGCCAUAGCUGGUGUUACUCAUCAAAUCAGCCCGCUGCAUCACGGCAGUUCAGUGCUGGAUUAUAAAGCCAUUAAGUCUUUUUAGAAGUCUCAGUGGAGCACUGGUAAAGGACACUGUGCAGGGCUGUAGGUGAAUGAAGCCCCAUGUUGCCGCCUCCAUUGUAACCACUGAUGGCAUAGAAAAUGUUGUUAGCUGUUAAAUACUUGCAUUGUGUUUGAAGGCAUGAAUCCUCUUGCAUCAAACAUAUAAAUGCACGUAUUUUGGUGAUUUCUAAAACAGCCAAGCUGAGUCCAUCAGCCAUAGUCAGUCUAUCACUAAUAGCUGAUGUAUUUGUCACAUCUCCCAGCCCUAGUAUAUAGUUUGUUUUGUCAUUAUUUUUGCAAAAUGGGCCUAAGAGCUGAGUGAAUUUAAAUUUGUCACAGAGCUGUCAAAAUGUAUUACAUUGCAUUUUGAAGCAGACAAUACCAAAAGCUUCUAAAUUGCACAAGCUGAAGACCUGUGAAAAGUGGCUUGUCUAAGUGAUAAGGAUGCACAGUGAGAGAGGUACACUCAAAAUAGCCAAAACGGCAAACAUCCUUUGAAAUGCUGAAUGUUAACCCAGUCCAUGAUGUGAAAGCGUUGCCCCUCUUUUUUCCCCUUUAUGCAUCACCACAUCGCCCACACAGUGAAACCUUUUCUACAGCUUAAGUGAAAGGAGCUGUAUAGAGGUAAUGAUGGUAAGUCAGGGCCCAUAGCGACAGUCAGUUCCUUUUAAAAAUGAUGAAUAACGAUAGUCACCAAAUAUUAGAAUCUGUCACUUUACAUAGAGACAGCAUACAGUUCAACAAGCCUCACUGUGUUUGGGAAGAAGAAUCUCAAACCUGACAUCAGCUAAAAUGUUAAAUCCCCAAGUGCAAGCUGAAAAAUCUGAUGUCUGCAUUUUCAAGAAAAGGAGUUCGGGCUGUUUUGAGUGUGAACUUUCACCAUUUAGGAAGCAGCAGAUCACUUCAUGGGUUCUUUAAGUCUUUUUGAUGCUCCAUCCUAAUGGUAGGGGGCACAUUUGAGCUGUGAUGACACCCGGGUGUUGAACUCCGCUCAAGAUAAUUCAGCACAGAGACCACAAGGACUAUUUUGCAAAGUAGAUCUGUAGCAUGCAGUGAUCUAUUUCUUUUCUUUUUUUAAUGACAGUUAAGCCAUAGCCCUUCUUUAUGUGUUGUUUACAACGUCCUUCAUGAGGUGCUGACUGAGCAUAUAAUUGAGAGUGAAACUGAAGGCAGAGCCCUGUUAUUAGAGAGUUGCUACAGCGUCUUCAGUGUUGUAUAAAUCUGGCACAUGCAUAGUCUUGUGUGGUCUGAUCAUCACUACUGGACAGGCAUUCAUUCAAACAGCAUCUGAAUCCCUUACAUUACUCUGGUGCUUUUGUAGCUCCUGAGUUAUACACAUCUUCUGUGAGGGUGGACAAAAUUUUACAUUUGUAGAAAAUGGAUUGUCACUAAAAGGAGUGGAGAAUAUCCAUGUGACUUUUAACCAAAUUUGAAUAUUAAUAUGCUGUUUGUAUUGAAGUGCUGCCAAAAUGUUUUAUGGGUCUUUUGCUCUCGAAUUUGACAAAACAUACCAUCAUCAUCUUAGUCUUUGGCCUAAUGAGGACGGUUAUGAGUUACAGGUAGUCUGUCUUUGUGAUUGUGUCUUUCUUGGGGUGCACUGAGCACCGUUCAUCUACAACCUUUCAUUUGAAGUGACUGGGACAGAAAAUCUUCCUUUUUGUUUUUUUUUCUUGUGACUGGUUCAAUCACAGCGUUUGGCACACUAGGGUAGGAGAUGAUGGACGAUGUAUGUUUCUGUUUUAGUAUGUGAUCAAUGUAAAUAAGUUUGCAAAUUUUUGUUCUACUGUUCAUAACUGCUUUUGUCAUUUUCCAGUGGAUUUGUUUUUGUUUUCAAAUGUUUGCUGCCAAUUUUCACGUCAGAGGUCAGAGCUAUCGUCCUAAAACGGAUCGCUAAUCCAGCUCUGUAACAACAAAUGAAAAUGUACAUUGCAAAGUUCUGAUGUGUCUGCUCUUUUCUGUCCUUGGCAGGCACAUGGAUUGUUAGAUUAGCUCUUUUUUUUUUUUUUUAUAAACUGUUUGAAAGGAGCAUUUGUGUUAGUGCACUCUCAUUUCACUUCAUUUGACAUGUAGACGUUUUAAAAUUCUUCAGAAAUGAGAAUUUUCAUCAGACUUUUUAUAACAAGUUGUGGAACACUGAGCAACCUAUAAAAUGAAGCUUCAGGUUACAUUUUGAUUAAAAAGUGAAUUGGCCUCAACCUCAGUUGGCCCAACAGACACAGGGCACCAAAUCACACCUUUCUCCUAAGCUAAGACAAUCGGAUUCUCAGGCUUAGAUCAGCCCACUGCUGUAAUUUCAAGGGCAUUUUGCUUUUUUUUGCAUUAACAAAUGUUUUAAUUUUUGCAGGUCUCAUAAUAAGCAGUUUAUUUGAAAGAGCUCAUUUUUGUUUUACCACCAAUGUUUAAAGAUUGCACCUUACUGUCUCAGCAGCGGUAUCUUACCGAUUUUAACCCAGUAGGCCUGACUUGUAAGUCCAGGUGUUCAAGCUAAAGCAUGUCUUUGCUGGAGAUGUGAAAUUACAUGUUGUUAAAUGCAGUGCUGUAUAAACUUUUUGUACUUCCCUUGAGGUUUUGCACCAAGUUGUGUGAAGUCACGAACAAAAUUAAAUUACACUAAAAAACAGGGUGUAAGAAAUGUAACACCCACUUUUAUCAACAGGGUGUGAAACCAUGAGAAAUAUUACUAUCUACUAUAUAUCUAUUUCAAAACCUACGAUGGUCACAUCUCAUAUUCAGGUUAUAGUUUACAGUACAUUUUUUUGCUUCUUGAAAAUUCUAAUUCUGCCAUUUUAGCCAGCAGAAAUCGAUUCCAGGUGAAGUUGAGAGUAGGAUAGGUUGAAGUAAAGAAAAGAUGUGAGAGCUUUAGGGUCCACGUCUUUGUGUUGCAAAGAAAACAAAAGGUAGAUAUGACAAGAUAAAUUGCAUAAUACAAUAUUUGAAAUUGUAUUGUUUAUUGCCAUGUAUUUACAAGUUUUGUAUUUGCAACGUGAAGACUGGGACCCAUUCCAAGAAAGAGAUCAAUGAAUUACAACAUUUGGUUAUCUGGCAUUUUGCUGAGAUAAAUAGCUGCUCUUUUAUUGAACAACAUAAUGAAGGUCAUUUAGUAAUCCUGCUUUGUGCAACAGAUCUUUGGAUGCUGCAGAAAGUAAACCAGAUACUACACCCUUAUAUCAUAAAGAGCAUUUUUCACUGUUAACUGUCUAAAACUUGUAGCUACAGCCUGAUUAUAGGAUUUGAGCAACAUUCAUGAUGAAAUGUUGAUUAAAACAAAAUAUUUGUCAGAAACACAAUGAAGCCCUGAAAUCCACAAUGGUCGUAUGUACAGUUGCGUAUCCGCUUCACAUUUAUUGGAAGUUUUGUAACAUGACAACACAUAACACAGCUAAAACUGGGUUGUCUUAUAGGGAAAACAAAGAAUAUCUCUUUAGAGCACAACAAAUGCAUAAAUUCAAGGGGUGUACAAUUUUUUAAAUGGCACUAGAAUUCACCUCCUCAUGUUGAAUUUGCACUGAUAUGACUCGAGGGAAAUAAAACUAGUUCAGUACAUUUUUUUGCAGCUGAAGUUGAUGUUUUACAUGUACCUUAACUUUCCUAGAAUCAGUUUUAUGGAAUAAACUGUUGGAAUAAAAUACCCCCUCUGUCAGGGAAGCUUUUAAUUUUCAUGCCUCUGAACAACAAGGUAUAUCUGAAUGUUUCUCUGUGUUUAACAUUUUAAUUGAUUAAAAGUGAUUCCA